AUGUUUGGGAGGAGCGAAGACUACUAUUCCGCUUACGAUGUCAUACUGUGGUCGAAGAUCGCGGAAAUUGAGAAGCUCGCUUUGUUUCGCUUCAUCAAUCACGCCGGCAUACCAGACCAUGGCGGUAGGUACGUACUGCAGAAAGUCGCCGAAUCACCCGACGUUCCUUUGGAAACCACUCUUCUAUCCAUCUGGGAAGAGUGGCUCGCCCUGGCAUGGAAAGUGAGCCGCGAUGAUAAUGUCUCUCCGGAGAUAGAAGCCGCACUGCGCGAGCGCGAUGAUAAUCAUUGCUGCAUCAAGGGAACUGAUGUAGAUACUAAGCCAACAUACAUCAUCGCGCCAUCCAUUGUGGAAGACCCUGCUUUGCAGCCCGGGGGGUCUUUACGACCAAUUCUAGAGGCGUUUCUUACUGAGGAAACAAUUAAGGAACUAUUCGAAUCACUCACCUUGCGAGGAAAAGAGAACGAGCUGAAGAAUAUGUGGCUCAUGUCACCUAUAGCGCGAUCUGCGUUUCGCCAUGGUCAUUACAGCAUAAUCAAGUCCCCCCAUCUCGAAAGGGGAAGGGACGGCGCCAGCCUACCUCAUGGAGGAUGGUGGAUCGUCCCUACAACCCCUGGAGAAAUGUCCCUAGCUGUUCUCAAUGGUAACGAGGAGUUUUAUAAGACUCCAUCCACGCCUAAUCCUGAUAGCCAUCCGUUGCCACUGGACCUGUUCGUCCAUAACCAUGGAAAGCUUACUAAACCGCUGCAUCUUCUCGGUGUCAUGAACAGAAUCAAGGGCGGUUGGCGGACUAGAAAAGAUCCCAGAACAGUGGGGAAAGCAGGACGACUUAUCCUUAGAUUCAUAUUACUCCUCCUACCAGUUUCUCUCAGGCUCGCGCUCUAUCAGCUUAUCUUUAGAUGGGCAGACCGAUUGAUUCCCUCACAAGCGGCAGGAUUCUAUGUUAAGUUUCUCCCGUUUGGAAUAUGCCUCAAGAAAGGUGGACGUAAUGCAGCCAAUGAAGCAAAUUCACUACUUCUAGUAGAGAAAUACACAACAAUAAACGCACCGAGAUUGAUUGAUUCGGUCAUGAUAGAUGAACAGUCAGGCUUCGUCUUGAUGACGGAAAUUUUUGGCGAUCGGCUGGAAGGUGUUUACUAUAGAACAACAUACGAAGAGCGGAAACAGAUCGGGCAGGACCUGGCGGAAUGGAUUUCUCAGCUGCGACGUAUUCCAAACAAAACAAACUACCUCAUCGCAGACACCUUGGGUGAACCACUGACUGAUCAUAGGUUUGGUGGGAAAACUUGGGGUCCCUUCAACACUGUUGCAGAUUUUACAGACCGUCUGGUGAAAGAUGUCCCAAAUAUCCAAAAACUGAAACACGAACUGCCACUGUCUGUUUUAUACCAAAAGAAGUAUGACAUUGUUUUUACUCAAUCCGAUCUACAUAUGAGAAAUAUCUUUUUAAAGAAUGGAAAGCUGCAUGGUCUCAUUGAUUUCGAAAGCGGGAGUUUCCGACCGGAGUACUGGGAGUUCACUCGAGCCGUAUGGCCCUAUGGAGGAGAUGUUACGCCUAGCUCUAUUUAUCGUUUUGCGUUUGGGGAAAAAUACAAGGAGGAACUUGAAGCAGAAACAUAUAUUCUGCUGAAUGGACCAUUUAUUUGCUAA